AUGUCUCCCUUUCGAUAUGCCAUUUGCAGGGGCAGCCGCCGAUCCCAAGCAUUGCUACGGCGGGGUCUCGCCACCGCCAGCGGUCAGAACGGCGGAGCGGGCAGCUUCGUGAAGCUGGUCGAGGUCGGCCCUCGCGAUGGGUUGCAGAAUGAAAAGAAAACGAUUCCGCUGGCAACAAAGAUUGAGCUGAUCGAAAGGCUCGCGCGGACGGGUCUCUCUACGAUCGAGGCUGGAUCAUUUGUGGCUCCCAAAUGGGUCCCUCAGAUGGCCAACUCAAGCGAGAUUCUGGAGCAUCUCCUGCAACAGAAAAUAGCCGCACCUGUCCCAGUAACGUACUCGUUUCUCGCCCCCAACACGAAAGGUCUGCAGAAUGCGGCAAACAUCCUCAAGCAGCACCCGGAUACCUUUUCGACCCAACUGGCACCGAGCGCGAGCGGCGACAAGCCGGCCGUCGAAGUUGCCGUCUUUGCGGCUGCUACAGAGAGCUUCUCGCAAAGGAACCUCAACUGUGACAUCCAGACGUCUCUCGAGCGCUUCAAGGCCGUGAUACAAGACUCCAAAGCGCUGGGGCUGCGCGUGCGCGCCUACAUCUCCGUCGUUCUGGGCUGCCCUUUUGAGGGCUUCGAUGUCGAUCCACACAAGGUGGCCGAGAUAGCGACGGACCUUCUCGAGUCCGGAGCAGACGAGAUCUCCCUGGGCGACACGACGGGCAUGGGCACGGCUCCGCGGACGAGCGCGCUGCUCAAGUGCAUGUCGGCGGCGGGUAUACGGAACGAGGAUAUCGCGAUGCACUUUCACGACACGUACGGGCAGGCACUGGUGAACACAGCCGUCUCGCUCGAGCACGGCAUCCGGACGUUUGAUAGCAGUGUUGGCGGUUUGGGUGGGUGCCCCUACAGCCCGGGGGCGACGGGCAACGUGGCGACGGAAAACAUGGUCUACUUCCUGGAGACGCUCGGCAUGGAGACGGGCGUCGACCUGGACGCCGUCUCGGAUAUUGGUGCGUGGAUCACAGAGGAGCUAGGCAAGGGGAACGAUAGCACGGUGGGCAAGGCUGUUCUAGGCGCCAGGGCGAGGAUGAAUGCCGAAUCAAUCAAGCGAUGA